GAAAGCCCUGGAGGCUUUGAUGAACUUGGUCAGGCGACGACCCAGUAUCGAUCUGAUCGACCUAGCGGCGACCUCUCAAAAUGAUGCGGCGUGUAACCUUUUGGCGGCGGUCGCUGCUACCGAGGUUGCGCGCAGAUUCCCAGGAGCUGUCUGCUUCUCGGCUAUCUGGGAUAUCGUCAACUCCAGCGACGGGAUGAAGUGCGCGCGUGAGGGACUAUCCCUGGGUGCUUGUAAAGCUCUUCGGGGUC